AUGCAGAACUUGCUUCUGGUAGCACUAUGUUUAUUGGCGAGUGACGUACGUGCUGGCGAUGACGUCUACUGCAGAGAUGAAAGGAACCAAAAAGUGGAGUGGUUCGUCAUGUACAAGUUCCCAGUCCAGGGAGUGAAUUACGUCAAAGUCAAACGGGGAUUCAACACCGACGGGCUGCAGUUCGCCUACUUUGACUCGAAUACCAGAAACUUCAGCUAUUGGAACAUGUCCUCCGAAACUCUCUACAGCCAGAGUAACCCCCUAGCCUUCACAUUGAAAAAACUUUUUGAAAAACAAAAGUCCUCCAACAUAGCGUAUGCGACCUACAACGAUCAGCCGUUCACGGGAGACGAUGAUGAUACCAAGGAACCUAAGGUGCAUGCCAAAGAUUACGCACAUAGCAAGGGCAUACUGAUGGCUGACGACACAACGGGAAUGUGGUUAGUCCAUUCCACUCCUCAGUUUCCCGUCGACGUGCACAUGGGGCAGUUCAACAUGACAAGGACAGCGCGCAAGAAUGGUCAAUACUUUAUGUGCGUCACUGUUCCGGCCUCAGAAGUGGACAGGAUAGCCGAACUUCUCUUGAUACAGUCCGUCGUCGUGCACCACACUCAUUGGGUAACAAAGUUAACAAAGCUGUAUCCCCACCUACGUGCACUUAUAAUGCGAAAGCCUUAUUGGCCUCCGAAGACCACAGUCGAGAUUACAAAAAUCAAGGCAAUAAACAAAAUGGUAUUCGCUGCUGUUGCCAAGCCUGUUCUUUGGGAAAAAGAUAUCUACACCCACACUAUUACUGAACUAGCGAUGAGCGACAUUUACGUUCAGUCCUGGCGAAGACCAAUGUUUGGGUGGCUCUACCCAGUCUGCGACCGGACUUACUCCGUAAAAGAUGUCGACAGACUGAGGUUCAAUUUUAACAGCACGAGUUACCUCGAAUACUCAUAUUUACAUGACCACAGCAAGUUCGCCGUGGCGGUGAAAACAUCACUUUUCUGCUUUUCCUCGUUGAAUCGAGCGAAGACUCAGUUCAAACGAGGCGGCGAGCUACUGUGCCGAGAAAACGAAGAUGUAGCUGGUCUAUUCAGAAGAACAGUGGUGAAGGUCGAGGCGUGCAAUGCAACUGACCCAUCUGGUAAGCCCAAGCCCCCAACCGUACCCGGGGGUAAGACCACUAGAAAACCGUGGGGACAGAAGCCGACGACGUCAGAAAAGCCUACCAGACCGUGGACGACGACUACACCAGUAAACAAGCCGACGAAGAGUCGAAGGGACAAACCUACCAAAAGAACAACGCCGAAGCCCGAAUCAACAAGAUCUUCCAAAAAGCGAACGACGACCAAAGCUAAAAGAGCACCAAGACCAAAUCCUCCGAAGACCAAUAAAACGAAAAAAACAUGA